AUGGAAGGCGCUCCUGCUACGAACAUCCCCACCUUCAAGUUGGUCCUUGUCGGUGACGGUGGUACGGGAAAGACCACCUUCGUCAAGCGCCACUUGACUGGAGAGUUCGAGAAGAAGUACAUUGCCACCCUCGGUGUUGAGGUUCACCCUCUCGGUUUCUACACCAACUUCGGUGAGCUGAAGUUCGAUGUGUGGGAUACCGCUGGUCAGGAGAAGUUCGGUGGUCUCCGUGACGGAUACUACAUCAACGGACAGUGUGGUAUCAUCAUGUUCGAUGUCACAUCCAGAAUCACCUACAAGAACGUUCCCAACUGGCACCGUGACCUUGUCCGCGUCUGCGAGAACAUCCCCAUCGUCCUUACCGGAAACAAGGUCGACGUGAAGGAGCGCAAGGUCAAGGCCAAGACCAUCACCUUCCACCGCAAGAAGAACCUCCAAUACUACGACAUCUCGGCCAAGUCCAACUACAACUUCGAGAAGCCCUUCCUGUGGCUCGCUCGCAAGCUCGUCGGCAACCCCACCCUGGAGUUCGUCGCUUCCCCUGCCCUGGCUCCCCCGGAGGUCACCGUCGACACCAAGCUGCUCGCGCAGUACGAGGCCGACAUGAACGAGGCCGCGCAACAGCCUCUGCCCGAUGAGGAUGAUGCCGACUUGUAA